UUUAUUUUUAUACAAUUAUUAACAAAAUCACAUUCCAAGUAUGUCGAAGGGCAUUUAAAGACUAGCGAGAAAUGGGCAUUUUUGGCACGAUUUUGUUUUUUAUCGGAAGAUGGUGAAUUUAAUUACCAUAUUGAAUUUGAUAAGAGUCAAGGCGUACCGAAUUUAUUACUAUAUUACGAUACUGACGAUCAAUGGCCAGCUGUAUAUAAAACUGAUAAGACUUGCGAACAAAAAGAAAAGGUAUUACGAAUUGAAAAUAAUCAAUUAAUUAAUUUAACCGUUCAAUAAAUGUCGUCAAAUAAUCGUGAAAAACGUGCUGUAUCACAGAAAAUCACAGUCAGUUGUCAUAAUGCACGUAAAUUUCGUAGUGCAAGAGAACGUUGGUGGUUCAUUGCAAUCAGUAAUUGCAAUAGUACAACGGGUAUUGAUAUAAAAUAUAAGUUAUUAAUGACUAAUGGACAGCACGGAGACUAUUGGCAUGAGCAUUUUUCUGCUGAUGAAUUUUAUGUGCUUCCCGUUUUAAUGUGUUAUUGUAUAACAUAUUCAUUUAUAAUAUUAGCAGUUAUAAUGUGUUCGAUAGAAUUAAAAACUAGACAAUUAUUACACUCGACAUAUAAAAUGUUUAUGUUUUCUGUAUUUUUACAAUUUUUUGGUAUUUUAGUACAAAGUUUAGUAUUAAUUAAGUAUGCAACAAGUGGAAUUAUUUCACCAAAAGCAAAUAAUAUUGGUCGUAUGUUAAUGGGUUUUAGUGAAACUACAUUCUUACUAUUACUUUUAUUAUUAGCUAAAGGUUUUACUGUAACACGUGGUAGAUUACCGAUUCCAGCCAUUAUUAAAAUUACAGUAUUUAUGUGUUUAUAUUCAUUAACGUAUAUAUUAUUAUUUAUAUACGAGGAAAAGAUUUUCGAUCCAGGAGAAGUAUUGUAUUUAUAUGAAUCACCUGCUGGGUUUGGUUUAAUUACUUUGCGUGUACUGGCAUGGUGUAUGUUUAUAUAUUCAACGAUUUUCACUUUAAAACAUUAUCCUGAAAAGAGUAAUUUUUACUACCCAUUUAAUAUAUUUGGUACUAUGUGGUUUAUUUCGGGACCUGCGUUUAUUUUAACAGCGAAUGUGUAUAUUGACAAAUGGGUCAGAGAGUCAAUUGUUUGUGCCAUAUUAUUAUUCAUUGCGUUUGCUGGCCAUAUAUUGUUUUUGAUGUUAACAUUGCCUUCGUACGCCAACAAAAAUUUUCCAUAUCAUGUUCGAACUACACAAAUUGGUAUUAUGAAUACCACAACCAUGGGCCCAACAGAUAAUUUGGAUGUUUUUCAACAUAAUAUUUACGCACCAGCACAAUCAAUCGAAAACUCGAUAAUUAUUCCACUAUCCACGCGUACCGAAGAUAUAUUCGGCACACAUCCAAUAUCAACGAUCAGUCGCCGACAAUCUGACCUCGGUCUAAAUGGUUCAAAUAAUAAUAAUAAUAAUCAUAAUAAUAAUAAUAAUAUUUCGGCACUGUUUACAGUGGCAGCGUCAGCAGCCGCGAUUCCCGCAGCUCAUAGUCCUGUAGGACGGUUUGAUGAAUAUCACAAUCAUGUAACGUUAUUGCGGUUACCAAAUUUAGAUACAUUUCAACGAAAUAGUAAUAAUUCCUCGAUAUAUUCUAAUAAUUCUCCGAAAAAUAUAUUUACAGUUACAAAACAAUUAGAAAAUGGUACAAGCUCAAUGGAAAACAUAGAAAAUCAUGUUGAAAAUAAUGAAAAUGAUAGUGCGGAUUUAACAAAAGUUUUACAAUGGUCACAAUGUUAUGAUUGUACGGCAGAUGACCGUGAAAAUCUCGCGCUGCUUUUUGCAGCCAGUAUUAAAAAGUGGCUCAAAAAGUGGUGCUAA